AUGAUUGCAGAGGUGACAGCAAGCCGCCCUUGCGCUCCCCUGGUUUUUGGCCCCAACGCCAUUGUGUGUGUCUGCAAUGCCACAUACUGUGACACGCUGAAUCCCCUUUCUCUCCCCCCUUUUGGCACCUUUGUCAAGUAUGUGAGCAGCAGGGCUGGUGAGCGCUUGGAACGCAGUGAAGGGGAGUUUCGGACAACCCCCUCUGGUUCAGGGUUACUGUAUACAUAUAACCCUUUUGUUCAGUACCAGCACAUCAAAGGUUUUGGUGGAUCCCACACUGAUGCUGCUGCAAUCAACAUAAUGCGGUUAUCUCCAGCAGCCCAGGACCAUUUGAUCCGGUCUUACUUCUCUGAAGAAGGGAUUGAGUACAACCUUUUGCGCUUGCCCAUGGCAUGUUCUGACUUCUCUACCCAUGCAUACACUUAUGGGGACAAGUGCCUGGAUGACUAUGAACUAAAGUGCUUCAGUCUGGCCCAGGAGGACACUGAACUGAGAAUCCCUCUCCUCCACCGCUUCAUGGCCUUCUCUAAGCGGCCCCUCUCCCUAAUUGCCAGCCCAUGGACCGCCCCUGCCUGGCUGAGGACCAGUAACCAAGUGAUGGGCAAAGGGCGCCUGAAGGGAGAGCCAGGCAACAUCUACCACAAGACUUGGGCCCGCUAUUUCGUCAGGUUUCUGGAUGAAUACACUAGAUACAACAUCACCUUCUGGGCUGUCACGGCUCAGAAUGAGCCAUCGUCCUCUGUUUAUAUUCCCAUGAAGAAUUUCCCUACUACCGAAUUUACACCUGAAGAACAACGAGAUUUCAUCAUUAAGGAUCUGGGUCCCGCACUGGCCUCCAGCAGCCACAAAAAUGUCCUACUCAUCAUUCAUGAUGACCAAAGGAUCAAUCUGCCCAAAUGGGCCAACGUGGUCAUUGGAAACAGCAGUGCUGCCAAGUACGUGUCUGGCAUUGGAAUCCACUGGUAUCUUGAUAGUGUGACACUUCCUGGGCUCACCCUGGAUGCCACCUACCUCCUUUAUCCUGAUUUCUUUCUGCUCUACACAGAAUCCUGUAAUGGCUUCCGGAUCUGGGAGCCAAAAGUUGACCUGGGAAGCUGGGAUCGAGGCGUUCGGUACAGCCGAAGCAUUCUGACGAACCUCAACAGUUUUGUUGUGGGUUGGAUUGACUGGAACUUGGCUCUAGAUAUGGAAGGAGGUCCCAACUUUGUGGAAAACCAUGUAGACAGUCCAAUCAUUGUGAAUUCACUCAGAGACGAGUUCUACAAGCAGCCCAUGUUCUACCACUUGGCUCAUUUCAGCAAAUUUAUCCCUGAAGGCUCCAUCCGGGUUGCCCUAACCUGCAAUUGUGCAGUCACCAGCUGCCAGCUGCAUAGUGCUGGCUUUCUGCGUCCAGACGGUAUUGCUGUGGUGGUUGUGCUUAAUGAUUGCUUCUGGGAUGUGGAGUUUAGUAUCGCAGAUGACAAGGUUGGCUACAUUGAGGAUGUCGCUCGAGCCAACUCCAUUCAGACAUAUCUGUGGGAAAGGUGUCCAUGAGACUAAACAAUGGUGUUCUGCACAGACAGAGAUUUUGUUACAUCCUGGGGAAGAUGGGUCACCUUGUGAGUGCAGAGAGGCCCAGGUGGAACGAAGCAGCCUCUCUCCUCAACACACAGAGAGAGAUCCAACACUGAGA